AUGGUGCGGAAAGGGUUCAGGCGUCAAAGGAAUUUCGUUACUAGGAAUAAGGUUACUGUCAUACGUGCCGUGGCAAUUCCCGUACAACCAGCUCCGGUGGAAAGUGCGGAGUAUAGAAAACAACUAGCUGAAGACUACGGUUUCAGGCAAAUUGGAGAGUCGCUUCCUGAUGAUGUUACUUUAAAGGAUGUCAUCAAUUCCCUUCCUAAGGAGGUCUUUGAGAUUGAUGAUGUGAAAGCAUGGAAAUCUGUUUUGAUAUCUGUCACUUCUUAUGCACUGGGGAUCUUCUUGAUUUCCAAAGCUCCCUGGUAUCUUCUUCCUCUGGCUUGGGCAUGGACAGGGACUGCAAUAACUGGGUUCUUUGUUAUAGGACAUGAUUGUGCUCACAAAUCAUUUUCGUCUAACAAAUUGGUAGAGGACAUUGUUGGAACUUUGGCCUUUAUGCCCCUGAUUUAUCCAUAUGAGCCUUGGCGAUUUAAGCAUGACAGGCAUCAUGCAAAAACAAACAUGUAA